CUGCUUUGAAUAACUCACGAUGGGUUUUAUUUAUUUACUAUUUGGGACGAAUUAAUAUUCCAAAAUAAUCCGAACAUAAAAGAGAUUCUCUUACAAUUACGAAUAUUUACAUUACUUUUGCGAUAUCGGGAGGAGCUCUUAAUGACGAAUGACAGUUCAUCAUUUUUGUUGUUUUCAUUAUGCAAUUUGAUACAAUUAAUACUUUGAAAGAUCUUUUUCCAAUUAUUUUUACAUUACAACAUAUUGCGUUGCACAUCUUGUCUUAUUGGUUAGAGAAAUGAUAAUAUGCUUACUUUGAAAGCUAUGUCCAAUGAGGAGCGCUUGAGAAAACUCUUGUCAGAUCUGGGAAAAGCUACUCUUCGUGGAGUCCGAAAAUGUCCAAAAUGUGGUACUUAUAAUGGUUCACGUGGCCUCUGCUGUAAAAACAAAUAUUGUGAUGCUGUAUUUAAAGAACCUGGUGAAAAGCGAAAAUUAUCCACAGAAGCAUGCAAAUUAAUCACAGGCUCAUUGGCACAAGUGUUCUCUGUACGAAUCAGAGACAAAGGACCUGAUUACCGGGGAUUUGUACAGUUACCUUUGAUAAAUGCCAAUGAUAUUACGACACUCAUCUCACAAACCACUGCAUUAUGUUUUGUGGACAGUUGUGAAAGGAGUUUUGACACUAGUGUACUCAAAUGUCAUGAGAAAGAUUAUUCAGAUACUGUGUCCACAUGUCAACACAUUCAAGCUGCAUUAAAAUGUUAUGCAGAAGCACAGCCAUUAACUUUAAAAAAUUCUAUUCUGUCAUCAUUGAAUGUAAAUAAUGAAACAAAGCAAGAGAUAUGGCUAUUAGCAACGGAAACUUCUGGUCCUUUAGUACAAAGAGUCUCAAAGAAUAUAAUGGCAGUGAAAUGUAAAGCUUCUCCAAAGCAUCCGCUAGGUUAUCUUCAUUUUUCUUUUUUUGUUAGUAAAUUAAAGGAUAGAAUUGAGCAUCGUUACUUCUGCAGUUGUUCUACAUUUAAAGGUACGAUAAAGACAGGAGGAGAAAAAAUAGAUAGUACACUGUUGUCACAACCAAAACGAUGUGUGCACUUUUAUGCAUGUAUUUGUGCUUUUGCUAGUGAUCCAAAGUUAUCUGAAGAAUUUAGUUAUUAUAUAAAUCUAGAUCAAACACAAUUGAGUAUAGAUAAAUCUUUGGAAAUUAUCCCACAAACUGAAGAAGAAGAUAAGAUUGUUGGAAUUGAUCUUGAUAGCUUAACUACAGAUGAAACUGAUACACAUCUUUUAAUUUUUCGCGAUGAUACUUUAACUGUACAAAACUUAGAUGGAAACAGAUUAGAUUUAGACUCUAUGAAUCUAGAUUCUUCAAUUUUACCACACAGUAUUGUUGAAAAUAUAGAAGUAGAAUGUGAUCGCAGUUUAUUGGAUGAUAACAAUAUAAUAUCACAAGUUCAUAAUUUAGAAGUAAUUGACCAAAAUGCUGUUCAACUGGGAGGAGGAAAUACCAUAAAAAUAUUGGAUGAUCAAGGGACAAUUGAUACAAAAUUCAAUGUACUCAAUAGUCAGUAUAUAUUAAAUGAUAAUAACAUAAAAAUAUUGGACACAAGUACUUUGAAGGUUCUUGAUGCAAAUACUACAGUUCUGGAUGUGAAUAAUGCAAAACUACUUGAUAAUAAUGCUGUUUUAAAUAAUAGUGGUGUUAAAAUAAUUGAUAGAAAUGCAGUAAUGCAUUACGAUAAUAAAUGUAUAGCAAAUUCUGAGAGUAAUGCGACGCAACCGGUAAUUUCGACUAAACGAAAGAGGGACGAGAAGCCUGCGAACAGUAAUAGUUUGAAUUUGAACUCUAUCGAGUCGAGAAAGACAAAGACGAAAUCACAAAUAGCCAAAAAAUAUCAAAACACUUGCGACGAUUUGGACGAGAUUAACACGAGUUUGCCGUUUAUUAAGUGGCUUGCAUCUAUAACUGAGCGAAUAAAUCAGACGAUGCAUUUUCAAUUUGAUGGCAAACCUGAUCCACUCGUGUUUCAUGUACCGCAGAUGUUCUUUGAUUGUUUACGUGAACGAAUAUCCUGCGGUGGCAAGAAGAAACGCUUGCCGAAUUCGACGACGGCUUUUGUUAGAAAAGACGGAGUACCAUUAGGAACAUUUACCAAAUAUACGUGGCAGAUCACGAAUAUCUUGCAUGUAAAAAGUAUUUUCGAAACACCGUAUAUACCUCUGGAAAUUACAAGAAGUUUUGUGCAAAAUGCGGACGGAACAUAUGAAUUAUAUAAACGAGAGGAAACAGAAAUAGACCGUUACAAAAAGACGAAUAAUAAUGCAUUGAUUAAACCAUUAGAGUUGAAAACAUAUUUGAAAGUGGGAAACACUUCUCCAAAUCAAGUCGAACCUACACCAUUUUUAAUAGAAUGGAUACCGGAUAUUUUGCCAAUUUCAAAGAUAGGUGAGCUUAGAAUAAGGUUUGAAUUUGGUCAUGUAAAAAAUGAUACUAGUCAUAAAUGGAGGAAAAUUGCUCUUUCUAAAAAUUAUUAAAGCUUUCACUUUUGAAAUGUCGAUUUUAAACAAAUUUUCACUUUUUUAUCAUAAAUAUUUAAAGAAUAUCUGUGAAUAUAUCAUUAAGAAAUUAUGAGAGGGGAAUAAAUAUAAAAUGUGCAACAUUUAAUUUUAGAAUGACUAUCUGUCUGUUGACAGUUGUAAAUCCUAUAUCAGAAUUUAAAUAAAUUAAAUUAUAUUGAUGAGAUUAAAUUAUUUUUAAGCAAUAAGUAAAUUAACUGAACUAUAUAUACUCAACUAAACAGAUGACACCUAUAAUACUUUUUUGUAUAAUGCGAACAUUAACUAUUAUCAUUUGAAAUAAUUAAUUUAAAGACUGAUGUAAUUAUUGCAGUUAUAAAAAUAACAGAAAGCAAAAAAUCAAUUUUGUUUUAAAAUUACUGAAAAUUUGCAAUCUUUCUUUUGUAUUACUUAUAUAGUUAUACAUAACUGCCAAUGUCAGUUAUCCUCUAUCAACUACUUACUAUAUAGGUUUAUAUUAUAUUUUUAAUUUAUUUUAA